AACAAAAUCAGUUAACCAAAAACUGAAAAUCAUUCUCUCUUGCUCCCUCUAAUUCGAGCCACCACAACAAACACCAUCAACAACCGCAACUGCCACCACCUCAACCACCAACUACCACCACUAUCACCUUCGUCCCACACCACUCAACCACCUCUGUCCCCGCCCAGAACUCAUCAGAAAACACCCCUCAAACCUCCCCUGCCCCUCGUCUCUUUCUCCCCUGCCGCACCACCGUACCGCAGCCACAACCACUCCCAGCCACCGUCCACCAUCACCACCCUGCACCCUGAUCUCCGUCGCCCAAAAACCCCCGGUGCCCCGCCCUUACCGCCGCCCAGAACAGCCCGGAAAAUACCCCCCCUCCCCUGUUUUUCCCCUGCUUCGCGCGACCACCCUUCCCCCCCCCCCUUCCUUGUUGUUCCGCCGCCGUGAGCCAACAACCACCAGAACCGGCGCACCUUCGCGCCGCCGUGCCGCCCAGGAUUCAGCCACCGCCGUCCCUUCUUCCUCCUUCCCCUCUCCUCUCUCCUUCCUUUGCGUUGCUUCCCCUGUUCCUUCGAGCCUCAGUUUCGAAAAGAAACGAGUUCCAGUGAUUGGAACUUUGUUUCUUUUAUUCCUCAAAUUGAGCCCAACCUUUUGUUUUGACCCAAUAUCCCAAAAGAUCGAACUCGGAGCUCAGGACGAACGGACCAACGAAAAGGCUUAGCAAAUUGUGGAAUUGAGGUAACGGUUAUUGCUAGUACCCGCAUUCCCUUCGAAAUGUAUUUAUGAAUGAUGUUAUGAAUGAUUGAUGUUUUAUAAUGAUGUUUUAUGAAUUGCGGGAUUACAAGUAUGAUUUGAUUGAAUUGUUUUACGAUAAUGCAGCUUUAUGCAAAGUAUUGAUUUAAUGAAUUAUUAUUCCUGAAAGAAAUGAUUUUAUGAAAUAACGAGAUUUAAUGGUUUAUUGAACCACCCUGAAUGAUUGAGAUUUUCCUGAUUAAUGUUCGAUUAAAAGAAAUGUAAACAUGAUAAAUAAAAGUGUAAGAACUGGUCAAGUUCCCCUGAUAUGGAGCCCAGGCUCCCCCUGAUAAGAAGCACUGGCUUCCCCUGAUAUGGAACCAAGGUUCCCCCUGAUAAGAAGCACUGGCUUCCCCUGAUAUGGAACCAAGGUUCCCCCUGAAAUGAAGCACUGGCUUCCCCUGUUAUGGAGCAUUGACUCCCCCUGUUAUGAAGCACUGGCUUCCCCUGUUCGUAGGAGACGUCCUACUAUGUUUUCCUGUAAAGUCAUGACGACCAGAAUAAAUACUGUUAAAAGGAAAAAGAUUAAUGAAAUGACGUUCCUGAAAUUAAUGUUCCUGAAAUGAUGUUUUUGAAAUGAUGCUUCUGAAAUAUUGAUUUAUUAAAUGUUUUACUAUAUUCUAUUCUCCCUGUUUAUUAAAUAAAAUGAAUUGAAAUGAUGUUACGAUGCUAGGGUAACUUGUUACUGAGUCUUCGGCUCACCGUUUUGUUUUCCGUUUUAGGUACUGCCGGGGACCACGGAAACGAGUAGUGGCGAGGAUUUCACUAUUACCAAGUUCACCUAAGUUAAUGUUAAGUUGUAACAAGUUUAAGUAAAGAUUCUUGAUUAAGUUUCGUACUUUUAUUAAGGAAUUGAGAAGGAUGAUUUUGUAAAUUUUGGAGUUUAAAAGCUUAUGAUUGAUAGUUGCCUUGUAAUUCCCAAGAGGGAGUUACGGCGGGUAAUGUCCCGACUGAAUUAGGUUAAUUCCGCUGCUAAUUAUGAUUAAAUAAUUGAAUUAGAGGUCGGGGUGUUACAGUUUGGUAUUCAGAGCAAAGGUUCUGGUCCAUAAGUGCUAAACCUUACGGGUUUCGCACGAAAUAGAAUUCAUUAGGCUUUAAGCAAUGAAUUUUAAGGAAUAAGUUAAAAAGAAUAUGUUAAAAUCAUGUUAAGUUAAAAUGAAAUGAGUGUGAGUGUAGGAACGGGCCGAAAAGGGAUUAUUUUCCUAUUAUGUAUGUUUUCUGAUUGAGCAUGUUAUGCAGAAUGUCGACUAUCGAGGCUGCUAACGAUAUUAACGAGGGAGCUCACAACGAUCACAACGUCCAUGUCAAUGAUGACACUAUCUACGAGGAUGUCGCCCAUGAUGAUCCCUAUGACGAUCAACCUAUCGAAGAUCACAAAGAAAGGAUGGAACGAUUAGAAACCGUUAGCACGAUGUUAGCUGAAUUAAUCAAAGAUUCUCAGAAACAGAAAUCGACGAAUGCGAACGAAAAUGCGUCAAUGUUCAAGAAGUUUUCAUCCCUGAACCCACCAUCUUAUGAUGGCAAGCCCGACCCUGUAGAAUUUGAGGAUUGGAUUAAUCGCGUAGAUCAAUUGUUUGAAACCUUGCAAUGUCCUAAGGAAUGGAGAGUCGAUUUCGCCGUGUUUUACUUAACGGGUCAAGCGAGUUUAUGGUGGAAGGUUAAUAAGGAAAGGAAGAAUGAGCCUAGAUUUGGUUGGACCGAACUGCAAAAGUUACUAAGAGAUAAGUUUUAUCCACCAUCCCUGAGGAAACAAAAGGAAGACGAGUUUUUGCACUUGCAACAAGGAACAAUGAGUGUUAUGGAAUAUGCAAACAAGUUCAUGGAAUUGUCAAGAUUUGCACCGGAGCUGGUAUCGACAGAACAAUCUAGGAUGAACCGUUUUGAGCGAGGUCUUCAUUUGAAGUACCAAGAUAGGUUGGCAACUCAAAGGUUUACUUCCUAUCAAGAUAUGGUUGAUAUUGCAGUUAAUGUUGAACGAGUUGUAUUACUUCGAGAAGAACAAAAUGUUGGUGAUAAAAGGAAGAAUGAUAAUCAAAACCAUGGAGGAGCUAAAAGGCCAAACCAAGGAAACCAUAAUCAUAGAAGGAACGAUAGUAGAGACCAAGGUUACAAUGAUAGAGCAUCUCGUAGUGUAUGGUGUGCUAAGUGUGGAAAGAGAAACCAUACUGAAAGUGAAUGUCGUGCAGGAACGAAGACGUGUUAUCGAUGUGGAGGAAAAGAUCAUUUUGUCAGGGACUGCCCUAAACCUCCUCCCACAAAUACUGGAAGAACAACCUCAACCAAUCAUGAACGAAACAACAACAAUGCUAGGGAUAAUCAUGAUCCACCACGACUACCAAUAUCUGGAAAGGCUUACAUGAUGGGAGCUGACAAGGAAGAAGAAGAUGACGCCAACGCUGAUACUAUUUCAAUUUAGUUCUUAUGUACGUUUGAACCUAAGUUUCCUGUUUUAGAUUUGAAUCAUGUUAUAGAUCUUUUGUCAAGGACAUGUUAUGAAAUGUUUAAGGAUCAUUAAUGUCCUCAAGGAAGUUUAUGAAAGAAUUAAUAAAAGCAUGAUUUUGUGGAUAUGAAUUGUUCUAAGGAACUUUUAUGUUUAUGAAUUAUUUAAGGUUGAUUUUUAGAGUACCGAAAGAGCAUGAGUUUGUGUUUAAGGAUGAAUGAUAGAGUACAAGAGGAGUGUGAGUUUGUAUUUCAUAAAAGGUGAAUCAUCACUUAAAUCAAGGUUAUUCAGGGUUCAAAGCGUUUAAGUUAUGGUUAAGGUUGAUUUUAUGGGUUAUUUUCCCCGCACCUUUCAUAAUGAUUGUUUUGUGGUUAUAAGCACCUAAGCGUAUUUUCAGAUAUGUUAAGGAAACUAAGCUAGAAUCUUAAAAAUUUAUGCAAAAAUAUUAUGUGAUCGAGACCAAACAUGAUGGAAAUAUGAAAUUGAGGCUACACAUGGAGUUCUGAGGAUUAUACCAAAGGAAGUUAUCAGGAAUUAGUCUGUCAAUAAGAUUGAUGGUGUUUUUAGUAUACCUUUCCGCAUCAUUUAUAGGGAUUGUUUUUGAAAGAAUGCUUGAUAAUCUCCAUAAAGAAAGCUAAGCAAGGAAAUGUAAGGUUUGCGAAAAUGUUAUGUGGAAAAAUAUGAUUUAUGGUGAAAGCAUGAGAUUAAGUUUUGCAUAUAAGUUUCAAGGAUCUUACCAAAAUAAGUUAUCGAGAAUUAGUCUGUCUAUGAGGUUGAUAAUAUCAAUGAAUGUUAUGAAGUUCGAAAAGAAUUAUGAAUGACUGAGGAAUGCAAUGGAGUUAAGAAAAGAAAUCGACGAAAUGACAUGUCUGUAAAACCAGGUAGUAUGAACUAAGUUUCUGGAAUCUAGAUUGUUUCUGAUAAAGGCACGUGUGAUGGCUUAGAAUUAUCCGCCAAAGCCCAAGUGUUUGUCGACUUAAAAUACUAAGGAUAUAGCGAAGUCGUAUAUUAACGAUGUAUUUCCCGUCACGUGAAUGGACUCGAACCCCCGCAACGAAGGAAGUCAACAAGUUGUGUGACGCAGAAGAAAACAUCAGAAAUCAAAAUCGAAAUGAAUCAAAUAACGGAAGUCAAUUCAACGACAAGAUUCCAGCAACAAGAGACCAAUAGAGAAUGAAAGCGAAAUAUCUCUAAUUAUUCUCCCACGAACGAUAUGAUGUGCGAAUGACUAUGUUUUCUAUGAAUGGUUAUGUUAUGGUCAACCAUGAUCGUGUGUUAGAUCAAAUGAUUAUGAAUGUUAUGCUUAAUUUGAAUUUUCAUAUGAAUUAUGUCUCUAUGAUAUGGAUUAUGUUUAUGCUGACAUGAUUGUACUGGUAAUCUAAUUGUUAUUCAUGGAUGCCGCCUCCGAUGGAAGUUCUCCUGAGCUCAUAGUACGAGAUUGAUAUAAUAAACAACUUUUACAAAUUAUUUGAGUAUUGCAAUUAAUAGAUAAAUAUUUAUUUUAAUUUUCAGAAUUAUAAGUUGCAUUAAAAGUUACUAUUUUUGGUAGGAAAUAUUUUCAAACAAGAUCUCGCAAAGUAAAAUAGGAGCCUA